AUUUAGCCAUGAAACCACCCAAUACAGAGAUGGAAAGCAUCUACCCAGCAUAUGUUGGACCAUAUAAAAUUGGUAAAACUCUGGGACAGGGACAAACCGGAAUUGUUAAAUUGGGAGUCCAUUGCAAAACAAGAGAGAAGGCCGCUAUAAAGAUAAUCAAUAAACAGAAACUCAAGACCUCUGUUCUGCAAAAGGUUGAGAGGGAGAUAGCAAUUAUGAGAUUAAUUGAACACCCCCACAUUCUGGGCUUAUACGAUGUUUAUGAGAGCUCCAGAUACUUGUACUUAGUACUGGAGCACGUCUCUGGGGGUGAAUUAUUCGACUAUUUGGUAAAAAAAGGACGACUUAGCCCAAAAGAGGCGUGUCAUUUCUUCAGACAAAUCAUAUCAGCAGUUGACUUCUGUCAUCGGUACGGAGUAUGUCAUCGAGAUCUGAAGCCUGAGAACUUACUGCUUGAUGACAACAAGAACUUAAAAGUAGCUGAUUUUGGGAUGGCAUCGUUACAGCUUGAGAACUCACUUCUUGAGACGAGUUGCGGAUCUCCCCACUACGCAUGUCCUGAAGUGAUUAAAGGAGGUCCUUACAACGGCAAACAAGCUGAUGUGUGGAGUAGUGGGAUUAUUCUAUACGCCCUGCUCGUGGGAUCCCUACCAUUCGACCACCAAGACAUGUCCAAGUUGUUGGAACGAGUACGAACGGGCAAGUAUUCCAUGCCAACGUGGAUGCCGGCCGAAGCCCGAUCUUUAAUACAGCAGAUGUUGCAAGUUUCACCUGACAAACGCAUCACGUUACAGAAUGUUUUCAAACAUCCGUUUCUGCUACAGCACAAGGAGCUUAAGGAAAGCACUUAUCUCCGACCUAUUGAAACAGUUUUAUACACUCAGCCACUAAACCACAAAGAUGAUUUAGACAAUGAUAUUGUGAAACAGAUGUCAUCUUUGGGAUGCUUUAAAAGUUGUGAUGAUCUGACUCAGAAUCUUAUAGACUCAAGACACAACAUGGAAAAAGUGGUAUACUUUCUCCUGCUAGACCGGAAGCGCCGCCAGCCUGCCCUGAAAGACAGCAUUCCUCUCCGGAAGAGAUGGAAGAACCGAGCAAGUAGUCGGGAGACGCCCCACAAGAGGGUGGACAGCGUGAAGCUGGAUACCUGCGAGCCUGCUGCUCCAGUAUCUCCCCAGAUAUCAGGUCACAGGUCGUUAUGUAAAGCUGCGUCUGCUGGUGAACCCUCGACUAGCCCCCCUCCUGAAACUUAUGUCUCUGACACCAGACGAUAUUCUCUCGGAACCCGGCUGGACAGCAUAACAGAAGCGGACACAUCUUCCAGCUGGAGACGAAUCUUCUCCACCUUCUCCAGCUCCUCCUCUUCCCACCGCUCGCUCGAGAGACUCACAUCACCAAACAUGACGUCACGUGAGAGCUGCGUGACGUCACGGGAGAGCUGCGUGACGUCACGGGAGAGUUGCUAUGCGUCGUCAAGAGACAGCUGUUCUGCUUCUCGGGACAAGUUGGCGUCGGGGAAACGGGCACUGUCGCUUUCUGUUGGAAAUAAUUUACCAACACAUUCGGGUCUUGUAGCUGCACAUUCGCCUGAGCGAGGAGAGAGAGAAGAAGAGACUCGAACAGUUAAAUCGUUGUUACCAUGGAAACAAAAGAACAAGGAAACAUUUGUAGUGCUGCGCGGCACGACACUAAACCAGUUUAACAUUGAUUUCGUUCAAAUUGUACAGAAAUUUAAAAUUUCACACAGUAUAGUUGACUGGGGUUAUCUGUGUAAAUAUAACAGCAGUAAGAAAGGUUUACUAAGUAAAAGCGUCAAGUUUUAUGUAACUGCGGAUGAGAGGCCGGCUAACUCUCAAGGAAACGAUACAGUUAUAUGCGUUUCUAUUCAGUAUAAAUCAGGGUCCACAAAGAAGUUUAAACGUUUGUGUGAGAAGAUUCAACUAGCCUUGUUCCGACCUACAAACAACAGACCCUUCUCUCCCAUCUUAAGAAAGGUCUGCAGUUACCUCAGCGAGAGCGAUGGGAAAAUGACGAGUGACACCGACUCUCACGGCUCAUUUGACAUGCUCAGUAGCAACUGUAGCGACCCUUCAUUCUGAUUUAAGAGCACGCAGUCAAACUUUUAGUAUAGUUAUACGCGCCCACGUGAGCAGUAUUUCGCGCGGCUCAUCAGUGGUUUGCGCGGCUCAUAAUGUCAUUUGCAAUACGCCUCAUGACCGAAUUUAUAUCAGGUUCAAUUAGUGGACCCUUUUUGAUUGGUGUUGAAUUAUUUUGUUUAUGUUAUUGGUUGAUGAAGAUCAAUUUAACUGCAGUUAUUUGGUGACUCGGAAAACACCUCUAUUUCACAAAAUUGCUUGAAUCAGUCAGAGAGCAGUGUACAGACAGGCCAAGAAAAUAAUUAAUGAUAAAUUAUUAAAUUUAAUUAUCAAUCAUGCCACCAAUUUUUUUUUGUUGUUGAUUGAUAUAACAUAAUAGGUUUCAUGUGUGGUUGAUUUCUGACCCGGAGCAAGGUAGUUAAUUUGAAUAAAAUCUUGUAUUAGGAAUAGGUAUAAGUAUAACAUGAACAAUUUAUGUAAAUGUGUUGUAAUUUUCACUUCAAAUACAAUUUUAGUUUCAGAAAUUUCGCUCACUAGAAAUAAAUGAUUAUGUGCAUUUUGGUAGCGUUUUUCAUAAAUUGUUUGAUUUCAAAUUUGUACAGUUAAACUUAUAGGAUCUCCGAGGACGUUGUUAUUCAUGAUUUCAUUUUCAGAGCAUGAGAAUUGAGCCAAUUAUUAUUUGUUUUAGACGCCAGAAUUGAUGCAGAUGAUUUGAAUGUUUGGAUUUCUAAACAUCGAUUUAGGGUAAUUCUGGAAUUUUCUGGAAUUUUCUGGAAUUUUCCAAUUAGUUGAUACAGCGACAUUAGAAUUUUUUCAUUUAAUUUUACGACAGUCACUUCAAAGCAAUUUCACAUUUAUAAUUAUAAUAUGUAUUGUUUUAUCGUGUAUGGGGAAGGGUUCCAAUUAAAUGCAAGUGUAAGAUUAUUUACAUCAAGCUUUAUUAAGAAAAACAUGUUAUCAUUGAAGGACCGAGAUUUUAUAUUUUUGUGUCGUCGAUUUAUAUUUUAAAUUUUCAGCUGCAGCUAUAACUAUAAAAUCUUUUGUGUUUUCAAA